UUUCAUGCAUGCUCCCGUGUCCGCCAGUUGUCGAGCCAGCUUUACUCGUCACCAACAUCCCAUGAUGUAGAACUACAAGUCGCAUAGUUCAAUCAUCGGAUCUCUAUGAGGUGACAGCUCCCAGAAUGCCGCGUGCUUUGUCCUGCUUCACCUUGUCCAUAGUCUCCAUGGCUACGUAGAGCGGAACAUAUAUAAAUAUGGUGACUUGAGAGCGCUGUGACCUCGCUUGAGUGAGAAGAAUGUCAAUCCGGGGGAUGGUCCUGAUAACUAUUGCCGUCUGCAUCGGUCUGGUACACGGGCAAAGUGCAUCGAGUCUCGCAGGCAGCUUCCCGUCCACCACAUUCGAGCAGACUUGCGCUGCAUCCUGGGGGCAGCCGAAUUCCCAAGGAAGUGUCAUCCAGCUGAAACUUGACCAAGCAUCAGGCUCUGGAAUCGAGUCCAUCCACACAUACUUUUACGGCUUCUUUAGUGCUUUGAUCAAGCUCCCUGCGAGCUACUCAGCUGGAGUGGUGACGGCUUUCUAUAUAUCAAACUACGAUACCUUCCCACACAACCACGAUGAAGUGGACUUCGAGUUCCUUGGAGUUGCCGCUGGAACACCUUACUUGCUGCAGACUAACAUCUACGGAGAUGGUAGUGCCAAAGGCCGCGAGGAGCGGAUAAACCUCUGGUUCGACGCAACAGCUGAUUUCCAUCGAUACAGCAUCCUCUGGAACAGUUAUCAGCUCGUAUUCUUCAUAGACGAUAUUCCUAUAAGACGGAUGGCAAGGAGUGGCGAGUUAGGACAUCAAUAUCCAUCAAAGCCAAUGAAAGCUUACUCGUCGAUUUGGGACGGUUCUAACUGGGCAACUGACGGUGGACAUUCUCCAGUAAACUAUGCAUAUGGCCCCUUCGUCGCAUCCUUCACGGACUUGAAGUUGCAAGGAUGCGAGGAAGGCUCAAUCUGCUCUGACCAGCAAAACGAAAUUUCAAGCAUUCGGGACCUCACUGAACAGCAAAAGAAUGAUUUAGCAUGGGUCCGGGAGAAUCACCUCACUUACACUUAUUGUAAUGAUAGACAACGAUACCCGAUCCCAUUCCCCGAAUGUUCGUAA